GACUCAGCAGCCUCCCCCUCGAGCCCCCUCGCUUCCCGACGCUCCGUCCCCCCCGCCCGCCUUCUCCCGCCACCGCCUUCCGCAGGCCGUUUCCACCGAGGAAAAGGAAUCGUAUCGUAUGUCCGCUAUCCAGAACCUCCACUCUUUCGACCCCUUUGCUGAUGCAAGUAAGGGUGAUGACCCGCUUCCUGCUGGGACUGAGGAUUAUAUCCAUAUAAGAAUUCAACAGAGAAACGGCAGGAAGACCCUCAUUACUGUCCAGGGGAUCGCUGAUGAUUACGAUAAAAAGAAACUAGUGAAGGCAUUUAAGAAGAAAUUUGCCUGCAAUGGUACUGUAAUUGAGCGUCCAGAAUAUGGAGAAGUAAUUCAGUUACAGGGUGACCAGCGCAAGAACAUAUGCCAGUUUCUCGUGGAGAUUGGACUGGCUAAGGACGACCAGCUGAAGGUUCAUGGGUUUUUAGUGUUUGUGGCUCACUGA